ACUGCAGCAACUUGCAACAGUUUGUGAGUUUGAGAUAGAGAUGCCUAUUGCAAAGUCGUUAAAGAAGGUCGAGCAGAAGCUGAAGGCGGGAAGCGGCGUGCAUCCUAAAGCUCGGAAGUUCCAGCAGCUGAAUCGUGCUACUUUGCGAGAGAGGAAGGUCACCAAGCAGAAGAUGGAGCGCAGUUCGGUUCGUGAUGUGCAAGUUUUGAGAUUCAGGUUCCUGAGAAGCUGCGUCGACCGGGAAGAGAACAAAGACAAGACUGCCUUCACUGAGGAAGAGAUCAAGUCCAUGAUCCAAGAGUUCAUAAGCCGUGAUGAUGCUGAAAUCCAGCAGCUGCAGGCCAGCCGAAGACCAGGCAGACCGUCGUCCAGCCGUCAAGACGCACUGCAAACUCGACGCGAGUUCGAGAUGGAGGAGUUCAAAACUGGAUUCUAUGUACCGAACUUGUUGGACAAGAAUAUAGUAAAGGCUUUUAGAGAUUGGAACGAAGAGUGGAACGGAAUGGGACUGCUGAAAUUUGUUCGGAUAGCAAAGGAAGGAGGCCUGCAAGUUGCCGAGGCCAAAGACGGAAGUUCUAUGGAAAUGUAGCUGCAUUGUUGAAUUUUUUCGUUUUGUUUUGUGUACGAUAUAGAUAUAGUACGAGAGAUUGUCAAUGAGAAGUGGAGUUUUCACUGCAAUCUGUAUCAUGCCAACGAGCUACCAGGUACGGUACCUGAGU